GACCAACUUGGAGGCCUUGCAGAAGAAGCUGGAGGAGCUGGAGUUAGAUGAGCAGCAACGGAAGCGCCUGGAGGCCUUUCUCACCCAGAAGCAGAAGGUGGGAGAGCUAAAGGAUGAUGACUUCGAGAAGAUCAGCGAGCUGGGAGCUGGCAAUGGUGGUGUGGUGUUCAAGGUCUCCCACAAGCCCUCCGGCCUGGUCAUGGCCAGGAAGCUGAUUCACCUGGAGAUCAAACCAGCAAUCCGGAACCAGAUCAUAAGGGAGCUCCAGGUCCUGCACGAGUGCAACUCUCCAUAUAUCGUGGGCUUCUAUGGUGCCUUCUACAGCGAUGGGGAGAUCAGCAUCUGCAUGGAGCACAUGGAUGGAGGUUCCUUGGAUCAAGUCCUGAAGAAAGCUGGGAGAAUUCCUGAACAAAUUUUAGGAAAAGUUAGCAUUGCUGUAAUAAAAGGCCUGACGUAUCUGAGGGAGAAGCACAAAAUUAUGCACAGAGAUGUCAAGCCCUCCAACAUCCUGGUCAACUCCCGUGGGGAGAUCAAGCUCUGCGACUUCGGGGUCAGCGGGCAGCUUAUCGACUCCAUGGCCAACUCCUUCGUGGGCACGCGCUCCUACAUGUCGCCAGAGAGACUCCAGGGGACUCAUUACUCGGUGCAGUCGGACAUCUGGAGUAUGGGGCUCUCGCUGGUGGAGAUGGCGGUAGGGAGGUACCCUAUCCCUCCUCCAGAUGCCAAGGAACUGGAGCUGCUGUUCGGUUGCCAGGUGGAGGGAGACACGGCUGAGACCCCACCCAGACCCAGGACCCCCGGGAGGCCUCUCAGCUCAUAUGGAAUGGACAGCCGACCUCCCAUGGCAAUUUUUGAGUUGUUGGAUUACAUAGUCAAUGAGCCUCCUCCAAAACUGCCCAAUGGAGUAUUUAGCCUGGAAUUUCAGGAUUUCGUGAAUAAAUGCUUAAUAAAAAACCCUGCAGAGAGAGCCGACUUGAAGCAGCUUAUGGUUCACGCGUUUAUCAAGAGAUCCGACGCUGAGGAAGUGGACUUUGCGGGCUGGCUGUGCUCUACCAUCGGCCUUAACCAGCCCAGCACGCCUACCCACGCAGCUGGCAUCUAGGCGUUGGGAGCAGAGUGAUCCCCUGCUUGGUGGUGGCUUGCUGCUCUUGGGCCUUUCCCAGGCCUGUCCCUGUCAGACAUGCAUUUCACCUAUGACAACGGAUGAAGAACACAGCAUGUGCCAAACCCUCUGCGUGUCGUUUCAAUAUACCUGUCUUUAUUCUUAUGACUAUUGUGGCUUCCCUGAGUGGGUUGGCUUUGUGCUUGGGGCUAUCUGUGUAUAUGUUGACAAUCCACCGUGCCAGGUUCGUCACAGGGGAAUCCCAGUGACUGGGCAAUGGUUUUCGACUGUUCCCACUCUGGGACUGGCACUUGGAGGUACUUCAUUCUUGCCGGGCAAGCUUUCUCUGUGAGGAGGGGCCUUGUGAGACCCUCAGGGCAGUGCAUGGGAAGCAUGCUUUGCUGCUAUGAAAACAAGCAUCAGAAAGUGUACAUCACAUCCCUUUAUUAUUUGCUUUUGAUGUAGAAUUCAGCAGUUUUCCCAUAAGUCCAGCCAGAGAUCUCACUGUUGUGGUGGCUGGGUCUUCACCAUCUCUCUACCCUGAGGACCUGUAGACUCCUGGCUGCAUUUCUCUAUUUAUUUUAAAAUACACUGUGUGGGUAUUUAGUGGUCUACGUCUCUAAGUUUUGAUUAGUGUUUCUAAAAUGGUGUGGAGUUAUUUUGAAUGUCACAAAUCAAGGCAUUAAAACAUGUCAGGUUUCUCUUUCCCAUACCCAAAUACCAAUGCUGUUGUAAACAACGUGUAUAGUGCCUAAAAACUGUAUGAAAACCCUUUAAACCAUUUUAAUCCAGAUGUUUAACAGAUCUAAUCUCUUAUUCUAAUAAAUAUACUAUAAAGUUUAAAAAAGCA